AGUGAAAAUUUCGUAGUUCUCGUGAUUUGUAAUAUUUUUUGUCCCCAAAUGCUUGAGUUUAUAAAAUUUGCCAAAUUUGAAAUCUGAAACUGCAGCAUUUCAUUGCUGCAUCAAUUUAUCAUCAUAAUAUAUAUGUUUUUUGCAUUGUGUAAUGAUACCUUACGUCAGCGUUUGAUGUUUACUUUUGUUUGAAAUGGAACAAGCUCAGGCCAAUGUAUCUGGAGCUGGGUUCCAUCAACUAAGUAUCACAGUCGAAUGCGCUCAUUUGAGAUCGGGCAGUGUCCUCACAUUGAAACCCACCCCCUAUGUCGAAAUCACGGUAGACGACAAAACCCCCUUGAAAACCGAAAACGUUAAGACCACCACCCAGCCGAAAUGGAACGAAACGUUCACGGUGCUCGUGACGCCUCGGUCCAAGAUAAACUUCGCGAUCAGAGACCACAACAGCUUCUUCCGGAAAGACACGACCAUCGGCGAAAAGAAAUUGGAUCUCUUCUUGCUGCUGUUCCACUUCAACGGCCGCUGCGAUUUCCUGGAUCUCACCUUGGACCUCACCAACGACAACAAGCAAGACUCUCCUGUCAAAGUGGGCGAGUUGAUGUGCACCUUCAAGGGGUUGGUGAUCGAUAUGUCGAGCUACAUGCGGUCGAACGCUUCGUUGCCCCUGGUGCAAAGUAACAGCGAGGUGAACCACAGGAGCGUGCUCAACGGGAUCAGAGCCAAGCUGAGGGUCCCGGGGGCCGAAAACGUGGCGCCCGCGGCGUCGAGGGGUAGCUUGGAGGGGGCCGAGGGCAGGGCUGUUAUGGCGGCUUUGCCUGUCUCGUCGAGUGCUAGCAGUGUUCCCAACGGCUCCAUUGGACCACCAGUUACAGUCCCGAAUGGUAAUGCAGUUCAUGCUGAACCGGAAGAAAACCGAACUGAAGAUACUGAAGCAUUGCCACCAGGCUGGGAAAUGAGGUUUGAUACUUAUGGAAGGCGAUAUUAUGUGGAUCACAAUACGCGAUCUACUUCUUGGGAGAGACCUCAGCCUCUGCCUCCUGGUUGGGAGAUGAGGAGAGAUCCACGCGGUAGAGUGUAUUAUGUGGAUCACAACUUGAAGAACACUACGUGGCAGAGGCCGAAUUCGGAAAGGUUGCAGCACUAUCAGCAAUGGCAGGGUAACCAACGUUUCCUGUAUCCACAACAUCAGCCGGCUCCAGUACCAGGUCCUUCUGCUAGUUCCGCUGCUGUUGUAGAAGAGGACGACGGUCUGGGCCCCCUUCCGUCCGGAUGGGAAAAGAGAAUGCAAACGGAAGGCAAGUGCCGCGUGUACUUCGUGAACCACAAGAACCGCACCACGCAGUGGGAAGACCCGCGCACGCAGGGCCAAGAGAUCGGCGAGGCGGCCGAGGAGCAGCUGCCGCCCCCCGCCGGCUGGGAGAUCCGCUACACGGAGGACGGCAAGCGGUACUUCGUCGACCACAACACCAAGACGACGACGUUCGACGAUCCACGGCCGGGCGCACCCAAGGGGCCUAAGGGCUUUUACGGCGUGCCGAGGGCGUACGAGCGAUCGUUCAAGUGGAAGAUCAGCCAGUUCAGAUUCCUGUGCCAAAGCAACGCCCUGCCGAGCCACAUCAAGAUCCAAGUGACGCGCCAAACCCUGUUCGAAGACUCCUUCCACACGAUAAUGCGCCUGCCCGCGUACGAGCUGCGCCGCCGCCUCUACAUCAUCUUCAAGGGCGAGGAGGGGCUCGACUACGGCGGCGUCAGCAGGGAGUGGUUCUUCCUGGUGUCGCACGAGGCGCUCAACCCGAUGUACUGCCUGUUCGAGUACGCCAACAAGAACAACUACAGCCUGCAGAUCAAUCCGGCCUCGUACGUCAAUCCGGAGCAUUUGACCUACUUCAAGUUUAUCGGUAGGUUCAUAGCGAUGGCCCUCUAUCACGGCCGGUUCAUCUACUCCGGCUUUACGAUGCCCUUCUACAAGCGGAUGCUGGGCAAGAAACUGGUCAUGAAGGACAUCGAGUCCAUCGAUCCCGAGUUCUACAACUCGCUGGUGUGGAUCAAAGAGAACGACAUCGACGAGUGCGCCUUGGAGCUGUACCACAGCGUGGAUUUCGAAGUGUUGGGACAAAUCGUCCACCACGAGUUGACGAAGAACGGUAAUCAUUUUUCUAGACAAUAUUUGCAUGAUGUAAGUCGGAGAAGGCUUAUCAAAACCAAUCGCUAUGAUCUAUUCAUUUUAUAUUUUAUUAAUUGGAAACUUGGUCAGGAAAGUGUUACCCAUUUCUACGUAUUUGUAGGCGACAAGGAACGCGUGACCGAGGAGAACAAAGAAGAGUAUUUGACUUUGAUGACCGACUGGCGGAUGACGAGAGGCAUCGAGCAGCAGACCCAGGCCUUCUUGGACGGUUUCAACGAGGUGGUGCCGAUCGAGUGGCUCAAGUAUUUCGACGAGAGAGAACUGGAACUGUUGCUUUGCGGUAUGCAAGAGAUCGACGUGGACGAUUGGCAGAGGCAUACGAUCUACAGGCACUAUACGAGGAACAGCAAACCGGUGAUGUGGUUUUGGCAGUUCGUGAAGCAGUCGGACAACGAGAAACGAGCCCGCCUCCUGCAAUUCGUCACCGGCACCUGCCGCGUGCCCGUGGGCGGCUUCGCCGAGCUCAUGGGCAGCAACGGCCCGCAGCGCUUCUGCGUCGAGAAGGUGGGCAAGGAUUCGUGGCUGCCCCGGUCGCACACCUGCUUCAACCGGCUCGACCUGCCGCCCUACAAGAGCUACGACCAGCUGGUCGAGAAGCUGACCUACGCCAUCGAGGAGACGGACACAUUCGGACAGGAGUGAGGGGAAGGGUGUUUGGAAAGGGAGGGAGGGCGAGUUGUGUACCUGAUUUGGGGGAUGAGGAGAAUGGUGGGUGAUGAACCGGUGGUCGCUUAUUAGCGUGCAUGAAUUCGUUUGGCCCGAACAUAUGCAUAGGCGAUUCCUAUAGACCAAUCAGAACAAUCCAAAAGAAGCGCCUGCUAGUUGACAAACGUCUAUAGAUACGGUGCAACAAAUACUCCAUGUGUGGGGAACUGGCAACUUCAUACUAUAAUUUUCAAGUACUUUGGUGGAUCAGUUGUUGUGCGUUCGAAUUCCACGCCGGCUAUCCGGGCUCAAUUCCUUUGAAGGUCGGUUUUUCUUUUAAUUCUGGUUUCUUUUUCG